GCAAUCGCUCCUACCGUUGUGGCCGACGCGUCUUCAAGGAGUUGUGGAGCGGCGCUCGAAGUCUCCCGUGUGUAGUCAUGUCGGCGUCGGUAGUGUCGGUCAUCUCGCGGUUCUUGGAGGAGUACUUGAGCUCCACUCCGCAGCGGCUGAAGUUGCUGGACGCGUAUCUCCUGUAUAUCCUCCUGACCGGGGCGCUGCAGUUCGGUUACUGUCUCCUCGUGGGGACCUUCCCCUUCAACUCUUUUCUGUCGGGCUUCAUCUCUUGUGUGGGAAGCUUCAUUCUAGCGGUUUGCCUGAGAAUACAGAUCAACCCACAGAACAAAGCCGAUUUCCAAGGCAUUUCCCCAGAGCGAGCCUUUGCUGAUUUUCUCUUUGCCAGCACUAUUCUGCACCUUGUUGUCAUGAACUUCGUUGGCUGAAUUGAUCGCAUGUCAUUAAUGGAGGAGCAGGAGACUGGAAGAAGGUUCACUUUUUGAUGUACCCUGGAUAUGAGUUCUCAAGAUGGCGGCUUGAUGAACAUGUGGAGUCUUCACAUUUGUACCCAUUACCGACUGGUUUGGUAUGCAGGCAAAAAGCCCAGAGAAAGUACCAUUGUAACACAUGUUUACCGGGAGCUCCAUCUUCCCCUAUGUGUAACCUUUUACUUUCCAAAUUAAAAACUCCAUGCUACUUC